AUGCCCGGCCCGGCGGCCGGCAGUAAAUCUCGGGUGUACGCCGAUGUCAACACUUUGAAAAACAGGGAAUACUGGGACUAUGAAGCCCAUGUGCCCAACUGGAGUAAUCAGGAAGACUAUCAGCUGGUACGGAAGCUAGGACGAGGGAAAUACAGUGAAGUCUUUGAGGCCAUCAACAUCAAUAACAAUGAAAAAGUUGUUGUCAAAAUCCUCAAGCCUGUUAAGAAGAAAAAGAUCAAGCGGGAGAUAAAAAUCUUGGAGAACCUGCGAGGGGGGACUAACAUCAUCAGACUCGUGGACACAGUGAAGGACCCAGUGUCCCGAACGCCUGCACUCGUGUUUGAAUGCAUCAACAAUACAGACUUUAAGGAGCUGUACCAGAAGUUAACAGAUUUUGAUAUACGUUUUUACAUGUAUGAACUACUAAAGGCCCUUGAUUACUGCCACAGUAUGGGGAUAAUGCACCGGGAUGUUAAACCUCAUAAUGUUAUGAUUGACCAUCAGUUGAGGAAGCUGCGGCUCAUAGACUGGGGACUCGCUGAGUUUUAUCACCCAGCGCAGGAAUAUAACGUCAGAGUGGCAUCACGCUACUUCAAGGGUCCAGAGUUACUCGUGGAUUACCAGAUGUAUGACUACAGUUUGGACAUGUGGAGUCUUGGCUGUAUGCUGGCCAGUAUGGUCUUUCAGAAAGAGCCUUUCUUUCACGGACAGGACAACUACGAUCAGCUGGUCAGAAUUGCCAAAGUUCUGGGUACAGAUGAUCUGUUUGGUUACCUGCGUAAAUAUCACAUUGAGCUAGAUCCACGUUUUAAGGACCUGCUGGGCCAGCAGACACGGAAGCACUGGGAGCAGUUUGUUCAGACGGAAAACCAGCACCUGGUUAGCCCGGAGGCCUUGGAUCUCCUGGAUAAACUCCUACGUUAUGACCAUCAGCAGAGACUGACAGCCACAGAGGCCAUGGAACACCCCUACUUCUACCCUGUAGUAAAGGAACAGUCUCUCGCCAAUACUGACGGCACCAUAGUCUCCAGUGGAUCCACCACAGCCCGAUGAGACCAGAAAAAGAAAAACAGUCGUUACCUCAACUUUUCACCCCUUGUGGCAGAAACCUCUUCAAGUGUACAGUGAAAGUGGAUUCUAGCCACGUCGGCCAGUCCCUCCUUCUCUCUUAAACUC